CACCAUGGGCAACAAGCAGACAGUCUUCACUCAUGAGCAGUUGGAGGCUUAUCAGGACUGCACCUUCUUCACAAGGAAGGAAAUUAUGAGGCUCUUCUAUCGCUACCAGGAUCUGGCCCCCCAGCUUGUUCCCCUCGACUAUACAAGCUUCCCUGAAGUUAAGGUGCCCUAUGAACUCAUCAUCAGUAUGCCUGAGCUGAAGGACAACCCCUUUCGAGAGAGGAUCGUCCAGGUAUUCUCAGAGGAUGGGGAUGGCCACAUGACCUUGGACAACUUCCUGGACUUGUUUUCCGUGAUGAGUGAAAUGGCUCCCCGAGACCUGAAAGCCUACUAUGCCUUUAAAAUCUAUGAUUUUAACGACGACGAUUACAUCUGUGCAUGGGACCUGGAGCAGACAGUGACCAAACUGACUCGGGGGGAGCUGAGUGCCGAGGAGGUGAGCCUGGUGUGUGAAAAGGUGCUGGACGAGGCCGAUGGAGACCAUGAUGGCCGGCUGUCUCUGGAAGAUUUCCAGAACAUGAUCCUGCGGGCCCCCGACUUCCUCAGCACCUUCCACAUCCGCAUCUGA